UUUAUUUGGGUGGCCCCUGCGCUCGUUCGUUGGACCUCGCUCGUCAUGCUCGAGAUCCAAGCCGAAAGCCGAAGCAGAGGAGUCAAAUAUUGUCAGCUUUGCCAACUUCCACGCGCUCAUAACCCUGCCGCAGACCAUGCGCCUUUCCUAAAUCUCUCUAAACCUCCGCCCAAACCACUUCACCUCAUCAUCACCGCUUCACCUCAUCAUCUCCUGCCCGCGCGAACGAUACAAUGACUUCGACCACGCUAUUGGCAAGGAAGCGAGCCCUCUCCUAUCAACAUGAUAUGCCCGAGAGCAAGCGGCGGAGGAGGUCAUUUGCAGACCUGGCUCAAACCUCCGAGAUAUCCACGCGGUCCCACGAGCCUUCAUCGACCCUAACCGCCGAUGAGGUGGCCAAGAAAGGUCUCCGUCGCAGUAUCGCCCUAGUCCUCGACAGAGUAGGCUUCGACUCCGCCUCAGAGGAAGCGAUGGAGAGCUUUACGACUAUGGUGGAAACAUAUAUGUCGAGUCUUGCUCGAGACGUGCAAAGCUUCGCCAACGCUUCACGCCGCACAUUUCCAAUUCCGACCGACUUCGAAACGAGCCUCGGGAGGUUUAACCUCACCCCAUCGUCUCUCAAGCCACACCUCAAGCCGCCCGUUCCUCGGGCGAAGCGAGAGCCGACAUGGGUAGCCCUCGUCGCCAAGGAGGAUGCAUUCGUCUCGCUACCCGUCCUGGGUGACGACCUGAGCGGCACACCAGAGAAGGAGGCUAAGCAGUACAUCCCGAAGGCGUUUCCCUCCUUCCCCAGCACCCACACCUACAAGUACACCCCCGAGAAUGCCGAAAUCCCGCGGGGCGACCCCAAGAAGAUACGGGAGGCGGCGGCCAAGGAGGCCAAGGCCGGCGAGGAGGCGCUGCGGCGGCUGAUGCGGGCCAGCAAGAUCGCCAAGCAGAAGGAGGUGUGGACGACGGCGCAGCGGGAGCCGGCCCGUCGCGAGCGCUACGACCUCUGGGAGUCGGCCAUGCGGGAGCUGAUCGAGGACGACGCGCGGGCCAAGGGCAGGACCUUCGCGCCGGGCGCCACGCACGGGGCUACGGGCCGCUUCGAGAUCGCCGACCACAGCAUGAUUGUCAACGCCGAGGGGAAGUACCAUCGCAAGGAGGUGCCGCGGUCGGGGGGGAGGAAGGCCAGGAAGGCGCUUUUAGCUACGAUUUCGGCCUGGAGAGGAAGGCUGCUUUUGCUCUCAGCAACGGUUUGUUUCGGAAGAUACCCCAGCAUAAAGCGUACAGGACUUUACAACAUGGCUGAGCAGCUGAUCCUCAAGGGCACUCUGGAAGGCCACAAUGGCUGGGUCACCAGCUUGGCCACCUCCAUGGAGAACCCCAACAUGCUCCUGUCCGCCAGCCGUGACAAGACCUUGAUCAUCUGGAACCUGACCCGCGAUGAGUCGCAAUACGGUUACCCCAAGCGGUCGCUCCACGGCCACUCGCACAUCGUCUCUGACUGCGUUAUCUCCUCGGAUGGUGCCUAUGCCCUUUCCGCCUCUUGGGACAAGACCCUCCGCCUGUGGGAGCUCGCCACUGGCACCACCACCCGGCGCUUCGUUGGCCACACCAACGAUGUCCUCUCCGUUUCCUUCUCCGCCGACAACCGCCAAAUUGUCUCGGGCUCGCGCGACCGAACAAUCAAGCUCUGGAACACCCUCGGUGACUGCAAGUACACAAUCACCGACAAGGGCCACACCGAGUGGGUUUCCUGCGUCCGGUUCUCGCCCAACCCCCAGAACCCCGUGAUUGUCUCCUCCGGCUGGGACAAGCUGGUCAAGGUCUGGGAACUCUCCACCUGCAAGCUCCAGACUGACCACAUCGGUCACACCGGCUACAUCAACACCGUCACCAUCUCCCCUGACGGCUCCCUGUGCGCGUCCGGUGGCAAGGACGGCACCACGAUGCUGUGGGACCUGAACGAGAGCAAGCACUUGUACUCGCUCAGCGCCAACGACGAGAUCCACGCCCUCGUCUUCUCUCCCAACCGGUACUGGCUGUGCGCUGCCACCGCCAGCAGCAUCAUCAUCUUCGAUCUGGAGAAGAAGAGCAAGGUUGACGAGCUCAAGCCCGACUUCCAGGCCGUUGGCAAGAAGAGCCGCGAGCCCGAGUGUGUCAGCUUGGCAUGGAGCGCCGACGGCCAGACCCUCUUCGCUGGCUACACCGACAACUUGAUCCGGGCGUGGGGUGUCAUGUCGAGGCAAUAGAGCGGUCGCGCUUGCGGAUGGGCGGAGCUACGCCGAGAUGAGGCCUACUGGCAUGGAGGAGGCUGCGGUCAGGUCAGGGGGAAAUGGCACUGUCGACGGAUUCCAUGGUGGGGGCGUACUUCGGAAUGCUUGUCUCGCUUUUGGUAUCUUUCAUGGUUGAAAGGAAAGGGGGAGGGAACAAAAAAGAGAGUCAUCUUGUCCUGGAAGCUUGCGCAGUCUUUUCUUGCGUCGCUAGAUGGCUGAAUGAUACAACAUAGCCCCCCGAUGAAACCAAAAUCCGAAAAUAAUUUGGCAAU